GCUGGCGCAACAAACGUUGGCCCUCUCUAAUAAAAUGGCUUUUGAAAACCUUAACAUGGCAAGUUCAGCUCCAAGCAAUGUUCUCUCCCGCUUCACUCGCUCGCCGCAAGAUUCAACAAUCUCGCUUACGGGUGAGAAGACGGAAGAAUACGAUUGGCAUGGUACGAUUGGGAUAGUACGAUCGGAAAGUAACACGAAAUACCCAAACGAGAGAGAAACACACCACCUUCGUAUCCAGAGAUCAGACUUCCCAAACUUCCUGAGCUGGAGAGAGAAAUACGGGGCCACCGCCGCCGUCGCCCUUGGGAAACAACCCCCAGAAAAAAACAAAAAGAAAUCCAACGUUUGUACCAAUUCAACCGAUCGGGCCCUCACGCUCCCCGCCCAUACAUAAAAGAUUCCAAGAACCCCCUCCCUCCGUCCUUCCCGUUAAUAUUUCUUUUUUUUGGGAG